GGGCCGGGGCCGCCCCAGCCCGCCCGCUCUAGCUCCCCAUGCAGGGGCUGUAGGUCGGCUCGGUCGGUGUGCGGCGAGGGUCGCUUUUUGCGUUAGGUUUUUUGUUCCCCCCCCCUUUUUUUUUUUUUUUUUUUUUUCCGCUUUCUUACAGGUUUUUUGUUUGUUUGUUUGUUUCGUUUUUUUUUCCUACGCUUUGCUAUAAAUCAUGGUGCUGGGGAAGGUGAAGAGUUUGACAAUAAGCUUUGACUGUCUCAAUGACAGCAAUGUCCCCGUCUACUCCAGCGGGGACACGGUCUCAGGAAGGGUCAAUUUAGAAGUGACGGGGGAGAUCAGAGUGAAAUCGCUCAAAAUCCACGCGCGCGGGCACGCCAAGGUGCGCUGGACCGAGUCGAGGAACGCCGGCUCCAACACUGCCUACACGCAGAACUACACGGAGGAGGUGGAGUACUUCAACCACAAGGACGUCCUCAUCGGCCACGAGAGAGAUGAUGACAACUCUGAGGAAGGCCUUCACACGAUCCCUUCAGGAAGGCACGAAUAUGCAUUCAGCUUUGAGCUUCCACAGACACCACUUGCUACCUCAUUCGAAGGCAGACAUGGCAGUGUGCGCUAUUGGGUGAAAGCCGAAUUGCAUAGGCCUUGGCUUCUACCAGUAAAAUUAAAGAAGGAAUUUACAGUCUUUGAACAUAUAGAUAUCAACACUCCUUCAUUACUGUCACCCCAAGCAGGCACAAAAGAAAAGACUCUCUGUUGUUGGUUUUGUACCUCAGGCCCAAUAUCCUUAAGUGCCAAAAUUGAAAGGAAGGGCUACACCCCAGGUGAAUCAAUUCAGAUCUUUGCUGAGAUUGAAAACUGCUCUUCCCGUGUGGUGGUGCCAAAGGCAGCCAUUUACCAAACACAGGCAUUUUAUGCCAAGGGAAAAAUGAAGGAAGUCAAACAGCUUGUUGCCAACCUGCGUGGAGAAUCUUUAUCAUCUGGCAAGACAGAAACCUGGAAUGGAAAAGUGCUGAAAAUUCCACCUGUUUCCCCUUCAAUCCUUGACUGUAGUAUAAUCCGUGUGGAGUAUUCACUGAUGGUCUACGUUGAUAUUCCAGGAGCCAUGGAUUUAUUCCUUAACUUACCACUGGUCAUUGGUACCAUUCCUCUACACCCAUUUGGUAGCAGGACAUCAAGUGUGAGCAGCCAAUGUAGCAUGAACAUGAAUUGGCUUGGUCUGACACUGCCUGAAAGACCAGAAGCACCUCCAAGCUAUGCAGAAGUGGUCACAGAGGAACAGAGACAGUCCAGCCUGCCACCUAUAGCUGCUUGUGAUGACUUUGAGAGAGCAAUGCAAGGACCAUUAUUUGCAUACAUCCAAGAAUUCCGCUUUCUGCCUCCACCACUCUAUUCAGAAAUUGAUCCAAACCCAGAUCAGCCUGCAGAUGACAGACCAUCUUGCCCUUCUCGUUGAAGGAAUCCAUGAAAAGCUGACUUGACUUGGGUUUUGAAUCAUACCUGCCAUGUUGAAGGUCAAGGCGUUAUAGUGGAGACACUUUAGAAGGAAGUGGUUUUGCUCUUGCCUGUAUGGUGAAUACAUGAAAACAACCUGUGAUUAUGCUUUGAAGCCUACAGUAACAUUGUAGGACUGCUCCACUUGCUUGAAGACCUGAGCUUACCCUCUCCCCUCCCCUUGUUCUCAUUUAAAUACUGGCACAUACUAGGAGCAGCCUUACUAACCUAUGGUCAUGCGUGUCAAAACACUCAAACCACAUUGCAAGAGAGGGAUGGCUUUCUCUUAUGAUUUUGAAGAUUUGCACAUGCUCAUUGCUUAUUUUGUGCGGUUCAGUGUCACUACAGCUUUUUCUCAUUUAUGCCGCACUGUUGUUACCCCCCCCUUCCUUCCCCCACUUGUUUGUGGUCUGCACAAGAAGGAGCAAAAAAAAAAAAGCUUUGA